AUGCGCGUUUAUUCGUUGCCGUUGCCGUCGCCCUCUCCACCUCCACGCCCACCCACGCCCAGGCUCAUCCACAUGCCACUCCACGACGUCUCCUCUUUCGGGACACGGAUAUUGACACAUAACCUCGCGGGCCGAUCCGAUUCACGCAGGUUUUCUCGGGAUUGGCGCAUCACGGCCACAUGGGAUUGCUUGCGCGCGGGUAUCUGCCCCCCCUCCCCCCUCCUAGCGAUCCUUCUCAUCAUGGCCCAACUCAUACGAUGAUGGGGAAUGGGAGGCGAUGCCAUAUGAUAGGCUGGGGCCUGCACCGCAGCUGCAGCAGGGACCUUGUGUGCAGGACAUGGUAUUCCUUGUUUAUGGGGGGUGGUGAUACAAUCCAAGUGUAAUCCACCCCUGGACCUGGAGCUACCCGCUGAGUGGGCAUCGUACCUGCACCAGAGAUUUUCCC